GAGUUGGGUGGAGAAGGCUGUGCGUGUGCGAGCGUGUAUGUAGUAUGUGCAUGUGUAUGUGUGGGUGCGUGCAUGUGUGCGUGUGUGUGGCGUGCUGAGCAAGGCCCCUGGGAGUAAGAGAGGGGGCGGGGUCCCAUGAACUGGGCGUACGCAUGCGCGCAUGCGCGCACGCGGCCGGGCCGGGCCGGGCUGGUCUGCUCGGGGAGGGGGCGGCCGUGGCGGCGACGUUAUUUCCGAGGUCGGCAGCGGCGGCGGCGGUACGGUGCGCGGCGGCUGAGGCGCCGCCGAACUAGUCGGUAGGGACGGUUACAGGGCAGCCCCGGAAAUCCUUUGCUCUGCCUUUCGGUGCGUCGCGGUCGUGGCGCUGAGUUCCGUGGUGCGGGGGACCCUCGGAGCCGGCGGGUCACCCUGCGGCCCCUAGCCCGCCUCGCCCCAGGUAAAAUGGUUAUGAAAGCUUCUGUAGAAGAUGAUGAUUCAGGAUGGGAGCUCAGUAUACCUGAAAAGAUGGAAAAGAACAGUACAAGUACAAAUUGGGUCGAUAUAACUCAAGAUUUUGAAGAGGCUUGUCGAGAAUUGAAGUUGGGAGAACUGCUUCAUGACAAGCUCUUUGGUCUUUUUGAAGCUAUGUCUGCCAUUGAAAUGAUGGAUCCCAAGAUGGAUGCUGGCAUGAUUGGAAACCAAGUUAAUCGGAAAGUUCUUAAUUUUGAGCAAGCUAUCAAGGAUGGCACCAUAAAAAUUAAAGACCUAACUUUACCUGAAUUGAUAGGGAUUAUGGAUACAUGUUUUUGUUGCUUGCUUUUUUUUUUAUCAGGUUCUGCACAACUGUCUCCUGGGCAUCAUCUACUCAACUGGCCUAGCUGGAGGCUUCCUUUUACCUCCCCAUCCAUGGGAUAUUAUAAUUACUCCUGGCAAUAUCCCAUUCAUGGUUUCACAUUACAUAUUUUAAAGAUAACAUGGUUAGAAGGUCAUUCAUUGGCGCAGACAGUGUUUACUUGCCUUUACAUCCAUAAUCCAGACUUCAUAGAAGAUCCUGCUAUGAAAGCUUUUGCUCUUGGUAUCCUGAAAAUCUGUGACAUUGCAAGAGAAAAAGUAAAUAAAGCUGCUGUUUUUGAAGAGGAAGAUUUUCAGUCAAUGACCUAUGGAUUUAAAAUGGCAAAUAGUGUGACAGAUCUUCGAGUUACCGGCAUGCUAAAAGAUGUAGAAGAUGACAUGCAAAGAAGAGUAAAGAGCACUCGAAGUCGACAAGGAGAAGAAAGAGAUCCAGAAGUUGAACUUGAACAUCAGCAAUGUUUAGCUGUAUUUAGCAGAGUGAAAUUUACUCGAGUGCUACUGACAGUUCUCAUCGCUUUUACUAAAAAGGAGACAAGUGCUGUUGCAGAAGCUCAGAAACUGAUGAUUCAAGCAGCAGAUCUUCUGUCCGCAAUUCACAAUUCAUUACAUCAUGGGAUCCAGGCACAGAAUGAUACUACAAAAGGAGAUCAUCCUAUUAUGAUGGGUUUUGAGCCUCUUGUUAACCAGAGAUUGCUUCCUCCUACCUUCCCUCGAUAUGCAAAAAUAAUCAAAAGGGAAGAAAUGGUCAACUAUUUUGCAAAACUUAUAGAUAGAAUAAAAACUGUCUGUGAAGUUGUCAAUCUAACAAAUUUACACUGUAUCCUGGAUUUUUUCUGUGAAUUUAGUGAGCAAUCACCCUGUGUUCUUUCAAGAUCACUGCUUCAAACUACUUUUCUAGUGGAUAAUAAAAAGGUCUUUGGGACCCAUCUCAUGCAAGACAUGGUGAAAGAUGCACUUCGGUCAUUUGUCAGUCCUCCGGUGCUUUCUCCUAAGUGCUGUCUGUAUAAUAAUCACCAGGCUAAGGACUGUAUUGACUCCUUUGUUACUCACUGUGUUCGGCCAUUCUGUAGUCUUAUUCAGAUCCAUGGACAUAACAGGGCUCGUCAGAGAGAUAAAUUGGGUCAUAUUCUUGAAGAAUUUGCUACCUUGCAGGACGAGGCAGAAAAAGUUGAUGCUGCACUUCACAGUAUGUUGUUGAAACAGGAACCUCAAAGACAGCAUUUGGCCUGUUUAGGUACCUGGGUCCUUUAUCAUAACCUUCGAAUUAUGAUACAAUAUCUUCUAAGUGGCUUUGAAUUGGAACUGUACAGUAUGCAUGAAUACUACUACAUAUAUUGGUAUCUAUCUGAAUUUCUUUAUGCCUGGUUGAUGUCAACAUUGAGUCGUGCUGAUAGCUCACAAAUGGCAGAGGAAAGAAUAAUGGAAGAGCAGCAAAAAGGUCGUAGUAGUAAAAAAACAAAGAAAAAGAAAAAAGUUCGCCCAUUGAGUCGAGAAAUCACAAUGAGUCAAGCAUAUCAGAACAUGUGUGCUGGAAUGUAUAAGACCAUGAUAGCUUUUGACAUGGAUGGUAAAGUACGAAAACCCAAAUUUGAGUUGGAUAGUGAACAGGUUCGAUAUGAACAUAGAUUUGCUCCAUUCAACAGUGUUAUUACACCACCCCCGGUGCACUAUUUGCAAUUCAAGGAAAUGUCUGACCUUAAUAAAUAUAGUCCACCUCCUCAGUCUGCUGACCUAUAUAUGGCAGCUAGUAAACACUUUCAACAGGCAAAAAUGAUACUGGAGAAUAUCCCAAAUCCAGACCAUGAGGUCAGUCGGAUUCUAAAAGUUGCCAAACCUAACAUUGUGGUCAUGAAGUUGUUGGCAGGAGGGCACAAAAAAGAAUCUAAGGUUCCCCCUGAGUUUGACUUCACUGCUCACAAAUACUUUCCAGUUGUGAAACUUGUUUGAAAGGGAUUUUAAGAACUGACCCUAAAGAGAUAGAACAUAAACUUUUUAAUUCCACCAGAGAGCAGACAGAUAUCUAUCAAUCUUACCACAUACUUGAGGUGAAAUGGAUUUCUAUAUAAAGAACCUUCAUACGGAGUACUUAAGUCUGACAGCUUCACAUGACUGAAAGAAAACUGCUGUUUUAAAGUGGUUUGUUGUUAUGUUCCAUGGAUGAAACUGAUUUUAUUGAUGAACAACAUUGUAUGGUUUUGUUACAGAUUUAAUCAUAAAUCAUUUUUUAUGAAUGAAUUGAGUGAAAUGGUGUUUGUAAAGGUUAAUAAAAUUCUUGACUGAAAAUGCACUGCCUGAGAGAAAAUACAAUAGCACUUUGUUGAUA